UAAUAAGGCUCAAUAAUUAUCAAAGCAUGUUGGGAUUUGAAAAACAAACCAUAUAUAUACGGGUGCCAUCUACCAGUCAUUUGUUUCUAUUUAUUUACUACAACUUUUGAUCAAACUUGAGCAGCGUACUCAGGACGUGAUUCUGAGGACAAACACUAAGGUUCAGGGGUGUCUUCAUCCUCGGCGUGGUGGGUUCAAGUACUUGUUUCUCAAGUCCCAUCAAGCUGAAACACUCCUGUGACACCACAGAAAACAUCUGCAAUAUCACAGCAACUGCUUGUCAAUAAUUUAGCAACCCAUUCGUGAGAUAAGGGAAUAGCUUAGUGCAUUUUCUUCAGGAAAUGCACCUUUUAAAGUUGUCACUUCAUCUAAGAUGGUACGCAGUCGCCACUAGGGGGCGCAUCUCACAUCUACAGUAUAUCAGUAUACCAGCCCCCAACCAUCAUCUCAGGACGGGUAUGAAUCAUGGAAUCAGGUGUAGAAAACACUAGCAUGUGCUUUCCAGGACCAGGGUUGGGAAGCUGGGGUUUAACUAUUGAGAUAUGAAUCAGAACGAUCGGUCUCUGAAAUAAAUUAGAGCUUAAAGACAUACUCUACAAAGACAUACAUUUUUCAAAAAAUAUAUCUAUAUCGCUUUUAGAAACACGUAUUUAAUCCAGUCAUUUAACUUCAAAUCUCCAAUACAUGAAAAAAACAAAAACAAACAGUAUUUCCUUGCAAUUGUAAGAACAUUCAAAAGAUUUCUGCUGGUAUAAACAGUAAAGGCUGAUGCAUCCUAUCUUAUCCAAUUCAUAAAUAAAUUCACACACACAACUUAUUUAAUUCUACUUUCGUGCUACAUGCUGGCAUGUUUGCUUUUCUGUAAUCUGAGCUCAACUUCCUGAAAGCUCCGGCAUCCAUCCAUCAAAAAAAAGGAAGUAGAGAUGCAGACGUGUCCUUUUUUUUUUUUACGAGUGUGUUAAGGUGUGUUCUCGUUCACUUGCAUGACAGACAACAAAGGUAAGGAUGAAUCAUUUCCACAGAGGUUUUUUCUUCUUCUUUUUUCCCCAGCUCUUUGGGAGGUGCUGCUGUAAUCGGCGAUGGUGACGGGUCUGAUGACGUAGUGUCCGACCGACGUUGAUUAUUUUCCUACUGCGGCAUGUCCCGGAACGUUCCAGACAUCUUCUAUCAGAGCGAUGUGAAAGAGAGCUGGAAAAUAGUCCAAAAUGGCCGCCAGUGACCUCAGAUAUAUAUCUGGUGAUGUGCAUCGUGUCUCAGAAGUGAGCAUUGUGCUGCUAGGCUGCAGGAAUUCUGGGAAAAGUCUUGCUGGAAAUGUCAUCCUGGGCCUAAAAGAUCUUGACUUACAGGAAAGCACAUGGUGCGUGAAGAGACAUGGAGAAGUAGCAGGGAGGAAGAUCACUCUGGUCGAAGCUCCAGGAUGGUGCAGUGAUAAACCUGUGACGGAGAGCACCGAGUUACUGAACGAGGAGAUAGUCUGCGGCGUGUCCGUGUGUCCUCCUGGUCCACAGGCUGUACUGGUGGUGGUCAAUUGUGGCGACGUAUUUAAAGAAAACGACAGAGAAAGAUUAGCAGGAUGUCUGAAUCUCCUUGGUGAUGAAGUCUGGAGUCACACCAUAGUUCUGUUCACCUUUGGGGACUUCCUGGGAGAUGUCACCAUAGAGAGACACAUUGAGCGUGAAGGCGUGGCUCUCCAGUGGCUGGUCGAGAAAUGUGGAAACAGAUAUCAUGUUUUUAAGAAUAACAUGGAUGACAACUCGCAGGUUAUGGAGCUGCUGGAGAAGAUAGAGGAGAUGGUGGCAAGAAACAGAGGCUGUCAUUUGGAAAUGGACACCACGAUGUUGCCGAACGUGGACGAGAGCAGGAGAGAAGAUGAAUCCAAGGAGAGAAGGAUGAAAGGCAUGAAAUAUUCACCUUAUUUCAUGAACGUAUGCAUGUACUUUCUCAAAUUCCUCCAGGUUUUCUGGUUCAGUUCUGAGCUGUGGAGCAUCGCACAUUCACCCCGUGUCCGUAUGGGUUCCCCCCGAGAUCUCCAGUUUCCUCCCGCCUCCCAAAAACAUGCAGAGGAUUUUAGAGAACCCAGUGGAACCGGAAAAGGCGCUCAGUCCACAUCUACACUGCACCCUGACGCUGGACAUGUCUCAGCAGACACUGAAAUAUUUACUCCUGAAUUGGUUGACAACUAUCCUAAUGAUAAGAACAGAAUGAAAUACAGGUUUUUUUGCUCUCGUGCCGGGCAGUUUAAGUGCAAACUGACAGACCUUGUGUUCGAGAUGGAAGGGAAAGGGGAAGUGCUGUACAGAAUAGUGUCCUGGGACGGCUGUGCCUCGGAUGAGUUAAAGGGCAAGGAGCCUGCAGGACCUCUGUACAGUAUCGACUGCCUCGAAGGUUCAAUCCGCCAUCUACACCUUCCGCACUGUGAGAUCGAUUGGAGCAAAUAUGUGCUUCAACUGACUACGGCACACGUGACUGGUGGAAACGUGGAGAUCAUUCAGCCUCUGAAACUAACAAGCACACACGUGAUCGUAGACGUUCGACGUUUCUCCCUCGUCGGUCUCUUAAAAGCGCUCCUAUUCCAAGCGUACCCCAUCAGAGCCCAAGUCCUCCUGUUCUGUGAAGAAACUGGGAAACACAGGAUGAGUAAACUGCACAUCCAUCUCUUGCCAGGGAAUGUCCCCGUUGAAGAGGUGCAGAAGCAACGUAACUGCACGUACACGUGCAUUGAGACACGCUCUAAAUGUCAGCUGACCCCAGAUAAAACAUACAGGCCGUGCUUUAGAACUACUGACAGUGAUUACGUGUCCCAACCUGAGGACGAGACGUUUGUUCGUGACUACGGCCCCGACUAUCACCCUACGUUUGAGGUGCAGUUUAAUACCGAGCUCGAUAAAUUCACUUUAAGUCUCUUGGAUGAAAAUGGCCAGGAGGUGUGGAGGCCUGAUCUAGCCUUGCUUACAGAGGGUUUUAGAGAACACGACGGGACCGGAAAAGACGCUCGGUCCGCGGCUACGCUACACCUUGACUCUGGACAUGUCUCAGCAGACACUGAAAUAUUUACUCCUGAAUUGGUUGACAACUAUCCUAAUGAUAAGAACAGAAUGAAAUACAGGUUUUUUUGCUCUCGUGCCGGGCAGUUUAAGUGCAAACUGACAGACCUUGUGUUCGAGAUGGAAGGGAAAGGGGAAGUGCUGUACAGAAUAGUGUCCUGGGACGGCUGUGCCUCGGAUGAGUUAAAGGGCAAGGAGCCUGCAGGACCUCUGUACAGUAUCGACUGCCUCGAAGGUUCAAUCCGCCAUCUACACCUUCCGCACUGUGAGAUCGAUUGGAGCAAAUAUGUGCUUCAACUGACUACGGCACACGUGACUGGUGGAAACGUGGAGAUCAUUCAGCCUCUGAAACUAACAAGCACACACGUGAUCGUAGACGUUCGACGUUUCUCCCUCGUCGGUCUCUUAAAAGCGCUCCUAUUCCAAGCGUACCCCAUCAGAGCCCAAGUCCUCCUGUUCUGUGAAGAAACUGGGAAACACAGGAUGAGUAAACUGCACAUCCAUCUCUUGCCAGGGAAUGUCCCCGUUGAAGAGGUGCAGAAGCAACGUAACUGCACGUACACGUACAUUGAGACACGCUCUAAAUGUCAGCUGACCCCAGAUAAAACAUACAGGCCGUGCUUUAGAACUACUGACAGUGAUUACGUGUCCCAACCUGAGGACGAGACGUUUGUUCGUGACUACGGCCCCGACUAUCACCCUACAUUUGAGGUGCAGUUUAAUACCGAGCUCGAUAAAUUCACUUUAAGUCUCUUGGAUGAAAAUGGCCAGGAGGUGUGGAGGCCUGAUCUAGCCUUGCUUACAGAGGGUUUUAGAGAACACGACGGGACCGGAAAAGACGCUCGGUCCGCGGCUACGCUACACCUUGACUCUGGACAUGUCUCAGCAGACACUGAAAUAUUUACUCCUGAAUUGGUUGACAACUAUCCUAAUGAUAAGAACAGAAUGAAAUACAGGUUUUUUUGCUCUCGUGCCGGGCAGUUUAAGUGCAAACUGACAGACCUUGUGUUCGAGAUGGAAGGGAAAGGGGAAGUGCUGUACAGAAUAGUGUCCUGGGACGGCUGUGCCUCGGAUGAGUUAAAGGGCAAGGAGCCUGCAGGACCUCUGUACAGUAUCGACUGCCUCGAAGGUUCAAUCCGCCAUCUACACCUUCCGCACUGUGAGAUCGAUUGGAGCAAAUAUGUGCUUCAACUGACUACGGCACACGUGACUGGUGGAAACGUGGAGAUCAUUCAGCCUCUGAAACUAACAAGCACACACGUGAUCGUAGACGUUCGACGUUUCUCCCUCGUCGGUCUCUUAAAAGCGCUCCUAUUCCAAGCGUACCCCAUCAGAGCCCAAGUCCUCCUGUUCUGUGAAGAAACUGGGAAACACAGGAUGAGUAAACUGCACAUCCAUCUCUUGCCAGGGAAUGUCCCCGUUGAAGAGGUGCAGAAGCAACGUAACUGCACGUACACGUACAUUGAGACACGCUCUAAAUGUCAGCUGACCCCAGAUAAAACAUACAGGCCGUGCUUUAGAACUACUGACAGUGAUUACGUGUCCCAACCUGAGGACGAGACGUUUGUUCGUGACUACGGCCCCGACUAUCACCCUACAUUUGAGGUGCAGUUUAAUACCGAGCUCGAUAAAUUCACUUUAAGUCUCUUGGAUGAAAAUGGCCAGGAGGUGUGGAGGCCUGAUCUAGCCUUGCUUACAGAGGGUUUUAGAGAACACGACGGGACCGGAAAAGACGCUCGGUCCGCGGCUACGCUACACCUUGACUCUGGACAUGCCUCAGCGGACACUGAAUUAAUAUUUAGUCCUGAAUUAGUUGAAAACUGUCCUAAAGAUAAGAACAGAGUUGUAUACAGCUUUCUCUGCCCUCAUGCCGGCCUGUUUAUGUGCAAACUGACCAACCUUGUGUUUGAGAUGGAAGGUAAAGGUGUAGUGGUGUACAGGAUCGUGUCCUGGGACAGCUGUGUCUCGGAUGGAUUACAGAAGGAUUCUGCAGGACCACUGUACAGUAUCGAAUGCCUCGAAGGUUCAAUCCGUCAUCUGCACCUCCCGCAUUGUGAGACCCGUACCGAUGUGGUUAAAUUGACUGUGGCGCAUGCAACUGGUGGAAACGUGGAGAUCAUUCAGCCGCUAAAAAUAACAGACACACAUGUGAUCAUACACAUCCAUGGUCUCUCCCUCUUCGGUAUAUUAAAAGCGCUGUUAUUCCAAGAGUAUCCCAUCAGAGCACAAGUUCUCCUGUUCCGUAAGAAAAUGACUGGAAAACUCAGUAGGAGUAAACUGAACAUCCAUCUGUUGCCAGGGAACGUGCCAGUUAAAGAGGUGCAGAAACAACGCGAGUGCAACGAGAACAUUGAGACAACCUCCAAAUGUCAGCUGACCCCUGGGAAACUAUACAGGCUGUGCUGUAAAACUACUGACCGUGAUUACGAACCUCAACCAGAGGAAGAGACGUUUGAUCUUGACUACGGCCCCAACUAUCACCCUACGUUUGAGGUGCUGUUUAAUACCGAGCUUGAUGAGAUCACUCUAAGUCUUUUGGAUGAAAAUGGCCAGGAGGUGUGGACGCCACGUGAGGUCUCGCUUCUUACAGAUACAGAGGCAGUCUCAGCAAACACGGAUAAAGCAGGUGCUGACUUUGUGGACAAACACAGAGAAACGCUGAUUCAGAGAGUUCCUUCAGUAAUUGAGAUCGCAGACGUUCUAAAAGGCAAGAAAAUGAUUAAUGAUGAAAUGUACUAUAAGAUCGAGAGCAAGGAAAUACGACAAGAACAAAUGAGAGAGCUGUACAGAUGUCUCACGUCAACAGCCGUGAAAGCAGAAUUCUAUAAAAUUCUUCAAGAGAAACAUCAGUAUAUAUUGGAGGAUCUGUAACGGGUCAGGGCUUAGUGAACGUUUCACUGAGUAACUCAGACGCAUGCGCUAAUGACAUGUGUGUUCAUUUCUGUUUGUGUAGCAGAAAUCAUAGCAGAGAUUAUAUAUAUAUAUAUAUAUAUA